UUGUGACUUCAAAAGAUUUACUCCCAGACGUGGAAGCAAUCAUCUCAUCAAAUAAAUGUCUUCACUCCAAACUCUUCGACGCCAGCUAGUCUAGCUACCAGCCAGCGUUUCUCUGCCACUUUCUGUUGCCUCGAGGUGGAUGUCUUUUUGAUAAGUUCAGUUGGCACCAAACAUGAACUCUUCUUUAGCUUCUAGAAGGCGGCCCGAUCCGCCCGAGCGUGUUCCUUCUCCUCAUGAUAGAGGUGACCAUGGCCACACAAUAGUGGUUGCCACAGCCACGGCGGUUCCCGUUGCUUCAAUCAGCAACCAUGAUUCUGCGUCGAGGCACCAGGACAGGACGGUUCUACAGAUUCCGUCUCGUCCCACGGGUGGAGCAGUGUGGACCCAGACUAUGAUUGAUCUGAAAACACGAGACGUCUUUGAUGACCACGAAGACAGUGUCAAUAACGACAGCAGCAGCAACUGCAUCCCUCAAUCAUCCAUGGCAACAGCCACGACAGCAGCUCAAAGUUCCACUAGCAGCUUCAACUUGGAAGACGAAGAAGAGUGGUACCGAAGAGCACACAAUAAUAACAGCAGCACCCACAGUUUCUAUCAAUCCGACAAUGAUUUGGUCAGUGACAUUGCAGAAGAAGAAGAACCAUCUCAACACGAAAGUAAUACCAUUCUUGGAGUCACAGUCUACAAACCACCCGGUCGACAACAAGUGGGAAUUGGAAUUUCCAAUUGUGCCACUGUCGAUGGCAUUCUAGUGACCAAAAUUCAUCCCGACAGCAUAUUUCUCAAUACCAAUCUACAGGUAGGAAUGAAGAUUCUACGCAUCAACGACACGGCCGUCUCCAACGCGUUCCCGGCAGACUAUGUGGCCAUGCUGUUGCGAGAAGUCGACGGAUGGAUCACCUUGCACGUCAUGGAUGUACGCGAUUUCUUGCCCGAUGACAAGAAGAAUUCUAGAUUAUUGGACUUGUCACGGCCGGAAUUGCAAUGGACCACCGUUUCCAUUUACAAACCCCAUGCAGACGCUUCCGUGGGAAUUGGAAUUGCCGACCGAACCACCGUCGUUGACAACAACAUACACCCGCGACAUUUCCCGUCAUUGCUAGUUUUGCAGCGGGUGGUGUUUAUGCCAAAAGUUCCAGUGCCAAGUUGCUCCGAUGCGGGAUGCGGCUCUUGAGCAUUAAUGGAUUCCCCUGUCGAGGGAGAGAUGAUGCCAUCGCCAUGCUGCAAAUUGCGGUCGGCUACCUUGAAAUCACGGCCGGGCCAGAAGAUAUGGUGUUUGUCUGUUCCGCCACCAAAGAACAGCAGUCGUUGGGACUCUGUUUGCAACAAUACGACGAACAAACGCUGAUCGAAUACAUGACGGACGACAGUCUCUUUGCCGACAC